AAUAAUUAAAUAAAAUUCGACGAAGAAACGGAUUCGAAAUUCUUGUUCUAGCUGGGAAUUUUGUUCUCCCUAUAAAGCGCCAAUUUCCCCUCCAGCUGAUGUGCCGGCGGGAAGGGAUUUUCCGGCAGUUCCGGCAGUUCCGGCAGUUGAUCGUUCUAUUCGAAUCGCGCCUGCAGAAUUCAAGAUUCCGCUUGUGAAUCUUAUCCCACUCUGUUCUUUGUUGAACUGGAUUAUUAUUUCCUGCGGGUGAUUUAGAGAGGAUUUUGUUGCGUUUCAGUAGAAAUGGAGGUCAUGGCGACCGUGCAGGAUCUGAUCGAGGAAGCUAAACUUCGAACGGUUUGGUGGGCUCUGUGUACUUUCGUGAUUUCGUACUUUUUGACCCAUACUAGUAAGUCAAUGUGGAUGAAUGUACCCCUAGCAAUUCUAUUAGUUUGUGCACUACGUAUUCUGUUCAACGAGGUAGAGUUCCAUAGAAAGGUCCGACCUGUUCAGCGACAGACGUACUUAUCGCAUCUGGAGAAGAAACAAUUAUCUGUAAACGACUCCUCCCUUUCUUCAGUUCUUCAUCCACCAAGAUGGAAAAGGAAAAUCAAUUCUCCUACUGUGGAGGCUGCAAUGAAGGAUUUCAUAGAUAAAAUACUGAAGGAUUUUGUGGUUGACUUGUGGUAUUCAGAAAUAACCCCAGAUAAAGAGUUUCCUGAGCAGAUACACAUGUUAAUCAUGGAUGCCCUUGGUGAGAUAGCGGUUAGGGUGAAAGAGAUAAAUCUUGUUGACUUGCUCACGAGGGAUGUUGUUGUUUUAGUAGGUGAUCACUUGGACCUUUUUAGAAGAAACCAAGCUUCGAUCGGUGUUGAUGUUAUGGAAAUGCUGUCUUCUGAGGAGAGAGACGAAAGGUUGAAGCACCAUCUUAUGGCUUCUAAGGAGCUUCAUCCAGCAUUGGUGUCUCCCGAGAGUGAGUACAAGGUCCUUCAACGGCUCAUGAGUGGAGUGUUGACUUCAGUACUGAGACCAAGAGAAACUCAAAGCCCUGUUGUCCGAUCCAUUGCUCGUGAACUUUUAACAUGCUUGGUGGUGCAACCUCUUAUGAAUUUUGCAAGUCCUGGGUGCAUAAAUGAGUUGAUCGAAUGUAUUGUCCUUGCCACUAAAGCUGAGAAUGACUCUGUGAUAGGUGGUCAACAACCAACUUAUUCUGCAGAUAAUGACAGAGACCAUUCUUCUACUGCUGGAUUCAUACACGAUGACUAUUUGGACAAAAGUAAAUGCUCAUCUUUAACGCCUGGGAAUGCUUCAGAGCUUGCUAAAAUUGACAAUCAGCAAGAAAGAUCCUCAGAUUACAUGUUCCAGGACGAGCCUUUGCAACUCAGGCUUGGUGAUUGGGGCCGUACAUUGGAUGCAGCAACCCAAAGGAGAACGGAAGUUCUUAUGCCCGAAAAUCUGGAAAACAUGUGGACUAAAGGACGACACUACAAAAAGAAAGAAAAUAAGAUCAUUAAAGGAGGAGAUUUUGAGCCUAUGGCUACUACGAAGGAUUCUGGUUCAAGUAGCAUGCAGCCUGCAACAACGAGGGAUGAAAUGUUGACUGGCAAGCAUCAUUCCUCUAUUGGGCCAGAAGAAAAGGCAAUAGCUGGGAGAACGCCCACAAGACAUUCUGAUCUCCUUUUGACCUCCAAAUCAGGUGAUGAGAACAAAAUCAGUUUUCAGUUUUCUCAGGAUCUUCAGAAGGAUUCAUCUGUCGACAAGAAGUUCAUUGCUGAUGAAUUAAAGGAUGUUGAUAAUCUUACUCCUGCUAGUAGAACUAAAAAUCAACUCAAGAGAUCCAAUAGUACUUCUGCUUUGAAAACCGAAUUUAGUGUAGAAAACACUUCUACAGAAGGUGGAACAUCUAUUAUAUCAGAUUUCUAUGGUCCCAAUUUUGGCAAGCACGGUGAAGAGCCCCUUUCUAAGAGUGUCUCGGAUACGGUGGUCCAAAACGAGGGACUACUUGUUCCUAAACUUAGGAGUCGGGUAAUGGGUGCGUACUUUGAGAAGCUUGGUUCAAAAUCUUUUGCUGUAUACUCAAUAGCUGUUACAGAUGCAAAUAACAGAACUUGGUUUGUCAAGAGAAGAUACCGAAAUUUUGAGCGACUACAUCGGCAUCUUAAAGAUAUUCCUAACUAUACACUGCACCUGCCUCCCAAACGAAUAUUUUCAUCAAGCACAGAAGAUUCUUUUGUUCACCAACGUUGCAUUCAACUAGACAAAUAUUUGCAGGAGCUAUUAUCAAUUGCAAAUGUUGCUGAGCAGCAUGAAGUAUGGGACUUUUUAAGUGUUUCCUCAAAGAACUAUUCUUUUGGAAAAUCUCCCUCAGUUAUGAGAACACUAGCAGUCAAUGUGGAUGAUGCUGUGGAUGACAUUGUACGCCAGUUUAAAGGGGUUUCAGAUGGUUUCAUGCGUAAAGUUGUUGGUUCAACCUCACCUUCUGAAGAAGCUUGUUUGUCAUCAAAUUAUGAUCGGAAGUUUUCAUUUAAUUCAGCAGACUUACGCAAACAAGUUUCUGCACAAUAUAACUUAGAAAUAGCUAGUAACAUUUCUGACGAGGAAAGUGAGAGAACUGAAAGUCAAAAUCGUGAAAAAGUUAGUGGAUGGCAUUCAGACAAUGAAUUAAACUCCAAGAGCUUUCCCCCUCGUGUAAUCAAACGCGGUGAAGAGUCAAAGAAAUUAGUUGUUGACAAGAAAAAUGACAUAGAAUUAAGGUCUGGGGCAAGCCAGGGAGGAUGUUCACAAAUUUCAUAUCAUAUGGAAGAUCCAGAAGGAAUGCCACCAGAGUGGACUCCACCUAAUGUCAGUGUACCUAUUCUAAAUCUGGUUGACAAGAUAUUUCAGCUCAACAGGAGAGGCUGGCUAAGGAGGCAGGUCCUUUGGAUAUCAAAACAAAUAUUACAGUUAAUUAUGGAAGAUGCUAUUGAUGACUGGAUUGUUAGGCAAAUACACUGGCUUCGGAGAGAGGACAUUGUUGCUCAGGGUAUUCGCUGGGUCCAAAAUGUUCUAUGGCCCAAUGGAAUAUUCUUCAUACAUUUGAGGAAUGCUCAUAGUGAAGGCGAUGAUUCUCAAUCUACUUCUAGCCAAACUGAUGGAAGUAAGAUCCCUAAGCCUGGAUCUUUCGAGCUGCAGCUUGAGGCUGCUCGCCGAGCUAGUGAUGUCAAGAAAAUGCUUUUUGAUGGGGCUCCAACACCAUUGGUAAGCUUGAUAGGGCACACGCAAUACAAAAGAUGCGCAAAAGAUAUCUAUUACUUCACUCAGUCUACCAUCUGUGUAAAGCAACUUGGGUAUGGAUUACUCGAACUAUUACUCGUAUCAGUUUUCCCUGAGCUACGGGAUUUAGUAAUGGAGAUUCACGAUAAGCCGCCACACGUCUCGGAACCAGUUUAGCGAGCAAACAGAGUACUCUGCAACCUCUAAUCCAGGUUGUGACUGCUUCUUCUUCCUCCAAUCCCCAGCCCAGAAUCUCAGGUUUUGUUUUUCUUAAUUUAGCAUUCAGGUUCCCUCAGUUUUGAUGGUUGAUAGAAGUCUUUUAAGUGAUGAACACAAUCAAGGAGUUUUGUGGAUUGCUGGAAAUUCCUUUGUGAAUAGAAAGGGUUCUGCUUGUCCUUUUUUUGUCUUAAACUUUGUAUAGUAUUUUAGUUUUAGGAUGUCUAUAGAAUUAGUGGUACAGCAGGUGGUGAACAAUUUUUUUGUUUUUUUGUUUUUUGUUUUUUUUUUUUUUAUGGUAAUUUAUGAUCCUUUCCUCUU